AUGCCCAAACACAAACCAACCUUUGCCUCUGGUCCCCCAGCAAAGAUACAACGCUCUGUGAUGACCCUGGAAGAAAAAGUGGCCGUUUUAGACUUAAUAAAGGGCAGGAUGUCGGUCGCUGCUGUGGCACGGAGGUACGGACGCAACGAAUCAAGCAUGAGGUCCAUUAAGAUUCGGGAGAAGGAAAUUUGUGAAACCAUGUCUAAAAGUGCCUCGUUUAUUGCUAAGGUGACUAGCCAGGCUAGAGACGUAACUCUAGUGAAGAAUCACUGGCGAAUCGGCAUCGGCGGACGAGGCAGCUGCAUGGGUGUUCCCAGACGAAUUCUGGAAAAUGGAUAUCUUCCAGAGCAGGUCUUCAACGCUGACAAAACAGGUUUGUUUUGGAAGAAAAUGUCAACCAGAACCUACAUUUCCAAGUCUGAGGAGCAGGACCCCAGUUUCAAGGUUGCAAAGGACUGCAUCACCGUCCUACUAUGUGGCAACGCAGCAGGGCAUAUGAUGAGGCCAGGCAUGAUUUAUAGGUCUGCCAACCCUCGUGCUCUGAAGGAAAAAAAUAAGAAUCUCCUCCCUGUCUACUGGCAGUCAAACAAGAAAGCCUGCGUGACAGGAAUGCUUUUCCUUGAGUGGUUCCACAAAUGUUUUAUCCUCGAGGUAAAGAGCUAUCUAGAGAAGCUGGGCCUGCCUUUCAAGGUGUUGCUGGUCGUUGACAACGCACCAGGCCACCCAGAUGGCAUAUAA